AUGCAGACACCUUUUUCGUGCACACCUGCGCCUGCACCUGCAGCCUGCCUUGUGAUGGGACCGAUGCCGAGAAGGUCCUGCUCAAGCUGGGCACCUCGUGGCACGGGGCGAACAAAGACGUCAUUGCUGAUCCAGUUCAAGAACUUCCGCACCUACUCGGUGUCGGACUUCGAGAGCCGCGUCGGCAUCCCGCCCCACGCCUUUGAGGAGGCCACGAUGAUCACCUACGGGCCCCUCGCGUGGUGGAAGGAGUACGGCAUCGCCGCCUUCCCGGUGCUGGGCGAGGUGGCGCUCAUGCUGUUCAACAUGCCGGCCACCGCCUGUGCCGGCGAGCGCAACUGGAGCGUGUUCAGCCGCAUGUGGUCCAACGACCGCAACCGGCUGCUGUCGAGCCGCGUGGGCCUGCUGGUGUACGUGUACUACAACUACCGCGUGCUACAGCGCGAGAAGGCGCCCAUCUCGCAGCUGGACUGGGAGGAGUUCAUUCGGUGGAUGGAGGCCCAGCCGGGCCUGGAGCUGCCGGAGCAGUAAACGAUUUCAGUCCUGGCAGCUUCCCUUCCUCAGUACCGGCUGUUUUUGCUUGUUGGCUCAGCAUGAUGGGCUCAUGGUUGGGCCCAUGGGGAUUUCGUUAAGCAUUGAAAGCCGUGCAUACAUACUCGACCACGACACCUAAUACCGUUGCAAACCAGGACUACUUGUCGUGUUGACUACUUGACUUGCUCUUUUGCUUGGUUGGGCGGAGGGAAUCGCGGGUUUCAACCUGCAUUGUUGGACUCUUUCACGCUUCCCCCAUGGCUGGGUUUGUGGUGUGUUCGGAGGAGUGGACGGGUCAGCGGCACCCUGGUUUGCAGACCGGCGGAACCUGUAAGACCCAUGGGUCUGUUAAGCUUUUAAGGUUUCUACCCCUCCUGAGGGACCUUAUUACGGCGAGCCCUUAAUUCUGUAAAUUACGGCCAGGUCC